GUGUUUAUUUCUACGGCGUUGGAUAUCAUUCUAACUAUAAUAUUAAUGCUUUGUUAUUUUAUAUAUCUAUAAAUAUAUUAAAAGUACUAAGUAUCGAUAGAAAUAAAUUUUGUCAACGUUAUCCUUACUUUAAGAUGGUAUUUCUAAAUUGAAUAGUUUAUAACUAAAAAUUCAUUAAAUCCAAGUAUGAAGCCUGUGAAUCAAGAACAAGUUACUCACAGGUCGGGUCCAACAAAGCAAGAUAACAAAAAACAUAAAACAGGACGGCAUAAGAGUAAAGGAACACUUGAUGUUUUAAAAAAAGGUCGUACAGCUCAACAUGCAGCAAAAUCUAAAGCUAACCAUCAGUUGGGUAGAAUUGAACGAAGAAAUCAAGCUAGACUUCAUCGUAAAAUUAAAACUGACAAUGUUAUAAAUGAAAAACGUAGAUCACUUAGUUUGCCUCACUUAGUAGCUGUUAUUCCAUUAAGUAACAAUAUUUUCACCAAUGAAAAAUUAAUUGAAAUUGUUAAUACAUUACAAAAUUCUGAUGUAAAACUUACUACUGCACAUGCUCCAGAAGGCUAUUCACAUUUAUGGAUUGAUCAAUUAAAACAAGCUUUUACUUUUGUUAGACCUGAUUGUAGUAGUAUAUUUGGACUUUUAGAUACUCUUAAAGUUGUAGAUACAAUAUUAUUUAUUGUUUCGGCAGAAAAUGGAUUGGAUCAAGAUGUUGAUUUACUUAUGACCUGUAUUUUAGCACAAGGUUUACCAUCUACUGUUGUUGCAAUAACAGAUUUAGAUAAAAUUCCUUUGAAAAAACAAAAUGAUGUUAAACAAUGUAUUCAAAAAAGUAUUGAAACUUGGUUACCUGAUGAAAAAAUCAGUAAAUUUGAUAAUAGCACAGAUAUUUUAAAUAUUUUGCGACGUAUUAAUUCUCAGAAAAAAAGAUCUAUAACAUUUAGAGACAAACGAGCACAUCUAUUAGCAGAAGAAUUGUCCUUUCUUCCUGGAAUUGAUGAUAAUUUUGGAACUAUGAAAGUAAGUGGAUUUUUACGAGGUCAAUCUCUUUCAGUAAAUUCCUUAAUUCAUAUACCUGGUUGGGGAGAUUUUCAAAUGAAACAAAUUGAUUUGGCUUCUAAUGAUUUUGUAAAAAGUUUUACUGGAAAAAGUAUACAACCAACUGUUUUAGAAACCGCUGAUCCAAAAGUUCAAGAAUCAUUAAUUAGUGAAAAUAUUCCUGAUCCAAUGGAUGCAGAACAGACAUGGCCAACAGAAGAAGAAAUACAAGAUGUUGAAAAUAAAUUAAAAAGUAAACGUAUGAUAAAAAGAGUGCCUCAAGGAAUGUCAGUUUAUCAAUCUGCGUGGAUACCCGAUGAAGAAUCUGAUGAUGAUGAUAUGAAUUCUGAUUUAUCUGAAAACUCUGAUAACUUUUUUUCAAUCAAGGAUGACUAUUCAGAUACAGAAAUGAAAAGUAUAUUAGAUGAUGAAAUGGAUACAAUGUCAGUUACUACUGUAGCUUCUGAAGCACCGAUAGAAUCUGAUAAAUAUGAUUUACAAUUUGAUAAAAAAGAAGAAGAAAAACUUUUAACUAAAUUAAAAGAAGCCAAAGCUGAUCAAAUGUUUCCAGAUGAAGUAGAUACUCCAUUUGAUUUACCUGCUAGAGUUCGUUUUGAAAAGUACAGAGGUCUUCAAUCAUUCCGCACUUCACCUUGGGAUGUCAAGGAAAACUUACCCAGUGAUUAUGGUAGAAUAUUUCAAUUUGAAAAUUUUGAUAGAACUAGGAAACGAGUUUUUAAAAACUUAGGAAAUCAAAACGGUGCAUUGCCCGAUUGGUAUAUUACUAUUUAUAUAGAAAAUGUACCUGCUACUAUGUUUCAUUCAAGAGAUGGUAGAAAUCCUGUUGUAAUAUUUGGUUUAUUACCUCAUGAACAAAAGAUGUCAGUGAUAAAUGUCAUAUUAAAGAGACCUACCUCUGUAGAAUUUGAGGAACCAAUAAAAUCUAAGACCAGUUUAAUAUUUCAGUGUGGUUUUCGUAGAUUUACUGCUGAACCUAUAUUUAGCCAACAUACUAAUGGGAAUAAAUUUAAAUAUGAAAGAUUUUUUCAUCAAGAUAAUAUUGUUGUUGCUACUAUGUUUGCUCCUAUAAUCUUCCCACCUUGUUCUGUCAUAGCUUUAAAGCCUUGUAAAGAUGGUUCAUAUCAAGUAAUUGGAAAUGGCAGUAUUUUAUCUAUAAAUCCUAAUAGAUUAAUAAUCAAAAGAACUGUUUUAAGUGGUCAUCCAUUUAAAGUUCAUAAGCGAUCGGCUGUUGUUCGAUUUAUGUUUUUCAAUAGAGAAGAUAUUGAAUGGUUUAAACCUGUCGAACUUAGGACAAAAUAUGGCAGAAGAGGACAUAUAAAAGAACCAUUAGGUACUCACGGUCAUAUGAAAUGUGGAUUUGAUGGACAAGUGAAAUCACAAGAUAUAGUUUGCAUGAAUUUAUAUAAGCGUGUAUUUCCAAAAUGGACAUAUGAUAAUUUUUACAAUGUUGAAAAAUAAAUAGUACUUUAACUUAUAAAAAUUAUUAUAGCUUCUUUCUA